AUGGACUUCGGUGAAGCGCUCGCUGACGGAUCUUCUCAUCGCUCCGAGGCCAGUUCCACUAGCACUCGCGAGCUUCACAGCCAGCACAUUCACGAUCUCCAAUUGGAGGUCAACGCCCUGAGGCUUCAGGUUCAAGCCCUCAGGUCCGAUUUGCAGACUCUGGAGGAGUCCCUUGCUCGCGUCUGGGUGAACCAGACGGGUCAUCAUCAACGCCUCUCGUGGCUUGAGGCAAUCAUCCAGGGCUUGCGCCGUGCGACUCCCAAAGCCUCGCCUGCUGCAGCGGGCCCUGCGGCCGCCAACCUGACUGAGGCUGAUCCUGAUCACUCGGUUUCUGGUCAGGGGGAGGAGCCUAGUGAUGAUGCAGCCAGUGUAAAUGCAUGGGGCCUGUUGGCUCCCCUGAGCCCAACCACCCAUGCUGCCGUGCCUGAGGAAAGCCAGGAUCCCGCCUUAUGGCUGUCGGAGCCUUUUAGUCCCUUUGCUUACGACCCUGUGCACGACCCCAACCUUGGUGACCCUGCCUCGGACUUGGGUUCUUAUGAUAUGGUUCAUAGUGGGGAACGGGAAAGGUCUCUUGACCCCGAAGACAUUUGGUAUGAUUCAGUGCGAGAUCAUUCUUUAGACGCGGUCCUAGUCGAAGGUGACAGAGAGGAGGUCGCAACCAGUGUUGCGGAAGAGCCUCUUCUGCCUGCUGAGUCGCUAUCCAGCAAGCGUGUCUUCGAGGAUGCCAGGUGGGCCGAGGUUGCUCAGGAGGCAAAGUUCAGGCGUGUGUGUCAGGACUUGCCAAAGUUGCCUUGGGAGCAAGGUGCAUGGUCCAGUAUUUUUGGACCUGAGAGAAACAUGAUCGACGAUGCCCUUAGGAGCAGUGUGCAAGCCUCUUAUGGCUCCGAGGAAGCUGGUCAAUUGCCACCUGAGAACCUGCCGUCAGCUUCGGCCUUUCUUGAGAAAACUUCGAGUGUAGUUAGGACUAGGCUAAGGCGGUUUCAUCUUGAGCGACCGGCAGAUGAUCGACGGGAGCACGCCAUAAAGCGACUGAGGGCCCUCAUCAUGUACGAUCCCGACACUACCUUCUUGGGGAUGGUAGUGGCAAAGGAGGCAGCGAACCUAGCUGACGAUGAGGCUCUGUCAUACUCCUUCACUUGUGCUUUUGCGAAGAGUGCUUCCGGCUCUCUCAUAAAGCGAGCUGGGUCCCUUGACCGUUUUGGUAAGUGGAUCCUUAGCUGCCGAGGGACCUCGCCCCUUAGGAGCUCCGAGGUUGACUUGUUUGCCUACUUCUCGCACCUGCAGGGCGAGGGGGCGGGAGCCACGUCAUGCCAGCAUUGUGUGGAGGCACUGCGAUUCCUCCACGGUGUUGCGGUGUUUCAAGUGCUUGACCUUGAAGAAGUCUUUAGCGCCAGGGUGCUAGGGAUUGUGAGGAUUAUGCACGUGACAAAGGCCCCGCUAGCUCAGCGUCCCCCUCUGACUGUAGAACACCUGUCCCUCUUGGAGCAAUUUGUGACCAUGAACAAGGAUCACCGCGCAUGUGUGGUAGGCCAACUGGUCUUCUGCGCACAUGCUUGUGCCCGGUGGGCAGACAGUCAGCGCGUACAGAGCCUAACCAUGGAGUGCGAUGCUGAGAGCGGUGUGGUACUGAUAGUAGCCGGGGCACUCGGCUCCAAAACAGCGAUCUCCGCUGAAGCACGCACGCGGCUUCUGCCGUACGUCGCCCUGGGCAAAGGCGUAAGCAACGUGCCAUGGGCAGAGGCGUGGAUGGAGGCCAGAAAAGAAAUGGGUCUGCAAGCUGGAGGGUCUUUUCUCCUUCCAACCUGGAGUGAGCGAAAAUAUGACUGGGGUGAUUUUGAAAUGGGGGCCGCGGAGGCCACGAACUACCUCAGGGAGGCGCUCAUUUCCAUGGGAUGCGAUCUUGAUGAGGUUCAGGACUAUGGCAGCCACAGCAUGAAAACUACUGUCUUGACUUGGUGCGGCCGUAGCACGAUCAUUCCUUUCACGGAGCCUGAGCAGCGUGCGCUUGGCCAUCAUCUGGAUCCGACAAGCAAAUCUCCUUUGACUUACAGCAGAGAGUACUAUUUGAAGCUCUAUGCAAAGGUGCUGGCCGUCUUUUCGACCAUCCAGCAAAACCGUUUCAAGCCGGAUUUGCCUGGUGCUGCAAGUGUUGCUGCUAUGGCGCAGUCCUUUGAAGAGGGCAACGAAAGGGGCUUGAGCCGACUUGAAAUUCCGACGUCAAAGCUGAACAGCGAAAAGAUGGAUGAGGAUGGGGAGUCGGACGACUCCGAUCAUGCCUCGAUAGAUUUGGACAGAGAGCUCGAAAGGGAUGAUGGCCCGACCGAACGUGAAGUUUUUCGAGGGGUCCCCUGGUUGUGCAACAUGACUUCCUCCGCCCUGGAAAGUACUGCCGAGUUUGCUGAGAGGUGCAAGCGGCUAGGACUGUCGGCAGCCAACUUGGAGGUGCUCCAGCAUGCAGGCGUUGCAAGCUUUGGCCAGUUGUGCUUUAGCGUGAGUGCCUCCCCUCACACCAUCACUGACCAGACAUUCGAAGCAUGGGUUCAGCGGCUUUGGGUGCCCUCGGUUCCUUCUGAGCAGCAGCAAACAUGUCUGAAGAAGCUCCUUUUCGAAAGCCAGACCAUGUCAAUGGGCGAGAUUCGUCAGAAGAUGCAACCGGCCUCGGAGCAGGUUGCAAAGCCUCUGCCCCCGUCGGAGCGGUUAGCCAGGUCGCAACGGCAGCAGGCUAGGAUCACUGGUUUGGUGUACACUCCUGAGACUACUCCCUCGCACUACCUAGUUGACUUGUUUAACGAUCAACUUGAGACGGGAGUCAUUGCAUGGGUCGCGCCUGAAAAGUGCGCUUCCAGGGCAGAUGAAAUGCAGAGCAAUAAGAAGGACAAAGCCUUGCAGCUCAUGCCGGAUGGACAGAUCAAGGUUAACUCCAAGGCUGCAGAGGUCAGGUGUGAGGCCAGCACUGACUCCAAGCUUCGUGCAGCUUGGCAGAGACGGUCCCUUGCAAUGGACAUGGCUGGGAUUGCAACUUUCAUCGUGGUUGAAAAGUGGGUACAUCAUCUCUUUUCAGUGUUUGCCCGCGACGUGCCGGAAGGUUAUGCACCCAUCCAGUUGAGGCAGAUGGUAAAUGCCGACAAGCGCUUGUUCAUGUUGGCCGCCGAGGGCCUGCCUGCUGAUCUCAGGGCCAGCCGGCCCGGAGACAGGACACCUCUGGAUGAUCAAAUUAUCAUGCUGAUGUUCUCUCCCGAGAUCUCUCAGUACCUUGUGCCAAUGCCCAAGCCUCAUGUUCCGCCCCCACCUCCGGGGGGUAAGGCCUUAGCUGAAUCGCUGAAGCGGGCCCUCAGUGAGGACUUGCCCUUUGAUAAAAACUUCUUGAGUCGGGCUUGGAAGAAGGGCAAAGGCGGCAAGGGCGGAAAGGGUGGAGACAAGCAGGAGGAUCCGGCAAAGCGAUUCAACCUUCCCGAAGAACCAGCCUCUGUGUUUCUUGUGGAAUCAGGGGAAGUGCAAAUGGAAGGGCAAAGGAAAGCGCUGCAACAGGGGCUUCCACCAGCCAACGAGUGGGCCCCUGAGACCAAUUCUGGUCUUCACCCGGCUGAGUCCUUGGCUCGCAGCGCAGUGCAACAGGGUAAUCUUCAGAAAUCAGUCAUUUUGUCAGUUUUCGAGCUUUUGCCUGAAGGGAAUAAUCCUAGAGGGUCCGAUCAAGCUUCCAAAGCCUUCGUGACUGGUGCUUUCAUUCAUGGAACCAUGUGUUCAGUGGUCAACAAUCUCACACGUUUUCCAUGGACUUCUGAGCUCUUGGCAUCGUAUGCAAGGCAACAGGCGCCGACGGCAAAAUUUUCUUCAUUGGUCAUUUUUCGCAACAAUCAGGCGGCUCCGCAUCGCGACUCGCAUAAUUGCCCGCAUAGUACCAAUCAGGUUUUUGCAAUUACGAAUUUUUCAGGCGGAAGGGUCAUCGUGGAAGACCCUGAGGGGGAACAUAGAAUCACUCAUGAAGGCCGCGAUUUUCGUGGCCGUGCCAUAGACUUUCGGAAUGGAAUGCUGAGAUUCGCUGCGCGGGAGGUCGUGCAUUGGACCGAGCCCUGGCUCGGCACCAGGGUGGUCCUUGUGUCAUACACGGUGAGGGGCCUCAAGGGCAUGCCUGACACUUGCCGUGAUUCGCUUUUGCAGGCCAGAUUUGCCUUGCCAGGCUAUAAAGCCGAGCCCCUUAGGUGCCCGCCUGUGGAUGUUCCCACUCCCCUAGAUCCUAAGCCUGAUGCCGAGGCCAACCCGGUUCCUUUGGGGUCUAGUCCUGAUCCUGCAUCGCUUGAGGGUCCUUUGCCUGUAGGGUUUAGUCCUGCCCCUGUCCCGCAAGUGCCCAAGGAGAGUCCGUCUUCCGCUUCGGUCGGCGAAACCCCGUUCGCCCUCGAACUCUUUUCGGGGCGGGGACGGCUGUCGCAAUGCUUGCGCCGGGCCGGAUUUACCGUCUUGUCCAUGGACCACAGGCUAGCUCACAGCCUCGUGCCAGUUUGCAAAACUGAUCUUGCCACCGAGGCAGGUCAAGCUUUCGUGUGGUCGCUCCUCGAAUCCUGCUGCCCUGCCUUUGUCCAUAUGGGCUUGCCUUCUGACACAGCCUCUUCUCGCUCCUCCUCAGGAGCCUUGCGUACCUCGCAAUAUCCUUUGGGAUGCCCGGAUUUAACCUCAGGCAGUCUUGAGGCCACACGCGUGGAUGAGGCCAACCGAAUGUACCGCUUCUCUUUUGAGGUUGCUUGCUUUUGCCUGGCCAGGGGUAUUCCCCUUUGCAUAGAAAACCCGCCGAGUUCCAGACUGUGGCAAAUCUUUUCUUGUUUCGCGCAGGGCUUGAAGGACACGGAGGUGUUAGCUAAGUGGCAGGCAUUGCCGUCAAUCGACCUGCAUUGUUGCAUGUUUGGCGGCUCCCGUGCUAAGCCAUUGCGGCUUAAAUGUACACCUGGCCUGUUCGACUCCCUUGCGGUGUCAUGCGACAAGCAACAUGAGCACAAGCCCUGGUCCCUCAGCCGCACUCGUGUGGAGAUUGCCGAGGAUGCAUCUUACCCUCUGGAUUUGUGUCGUCGUAUGGUUUCAUCCUUGCUGUCUUUCAUGGGCCAGGCUGGACAGGCCUUGCCGUCUGCCAUCCGCUUGCAUGACCAAUCCUUGGCUGCAGCUGGGGUCCAACCGCGCCGGCAUAAACCUCUAAUCCCCGAGUACAAGACAGUCGUGCAGGUCCCAGCGGACUCUCCAAUCCCGCCUGGUGCCAAGGUGCUUUCUCCCAGCCAACUUCAGGGGGUGGAUGUGGCUGCUCCUGUGGCUACUCCGAUGUCUACACCCUCCUCUGGUUCGACCACUCCGACUGUUGGUGCCGUGACCUUGGGCCUUUGGCACUCUCCGAGCGAAUUCUUUCACAAGGCUGCAUCUCUAGCUCACCCCAUGGAUACCACCAAGCCGGUGGCCAUGGUGACGAAGGCAGCAAUCGAUUCCUCCUUACAUGGGGACCCGGACGCACUAUCCGAGCAAAGGAGAUCCUUCCUUUGCUACUUGGAGGAGAAGAUUCGCCGCCUUCAGCCCCGUGAGGACGCCUUACACAAAGGCAUGCCAAAAUAUAUGCAGGAAGUUCUUGAGGGCAAAAACUUGCUAGCCUGGGAGGAGCUCUUGAAAGAGACGGGCUAUACUGACCUUGAUUGCGUGCGCUUCAUGAAGGAGGGAGUGAGGCUUGUAGGGUGUGAGGAACAUCCAAAGGACUUUGCAAAGAAGGUAUCCCCCGCCUCCUUAUCGGAAGAAGAGCUUAGAGCUACGGCUCGGCACCGAAGGUCUAGCUUGUUGGGUUUAGGGCGAAGUUUCCCCUCUGAGGAGGAUGCUUCCCUGCUGUCCCAAGCCACUGCCGAGGAGGUCGAUGCUGGCUUCCUUGAGCGAGGUAUGACUGCCGAUGAGGUUAGUGCCUUCUUCGGUCACGAAGAUUGGGGUGUGGUACGAAGGUUUGUGCUGGUCCAGGAUGGAGGUCGCAAGGUCCGUCCCAUAGACGACUGCUUGGAGGCGCAAAUCAAUGCUGCUUACACCUCAACAAUUGCCUUGCAACUUCACGAUUCAGAUUAUGUAGCUUCACUGGCCCUCUUCAUCGCUGAACGAAUGCAAGGCCUUCCAGCCAGCAAGCGCAUGCCGUGGCAUGGGAAGUGCCUAGACCUUUCGAAAGCCUACAAACAAAUGGCAGUCCAUCCACGAGACCGCGACUUGUGUGUCAUCAUGAUCCAGGAUCAUGAUGGAGUUGCAACUUACCACAUUUGCAAUGCGUUGAUGUUCGGGGCUUCUGCAUCAGUGUUUGCAUUUGUGCGGGUGAGUCGCUCGUUGUGGUGGAUAAUAAAUAAGUGCUUGAAAGUACCCUGUGCCUGCUACUUCGAUGACUAUCCAUUAUUUAGCCCAGAGUCAUCAGCUGCUCCCGUGGACCAAGAUGUAUCCCGGCUAUUGGACCUGCUGGGGUGGAGGCAUGCAAAGUCCGGGUCAAAAGGCAAGCCCUUUGAUAGUUCCUUCGACGUCCUUGGGACUAGGCUAGACUUGGGUGAGAUCUUGUCAGGGAAGAUAGUUCUUGCAAAUAAGGUUGGCAGGGCGGAGAAAAUUCUUGAAAAGGUUUCGACUGCAUCCCUAGGGAAUGGGAGCUUCAGGCAAUCUUUGCAGGUCCUUAUUGGACACCUGAACUUCGCCUCCGGCUUCUUUGCCGGAAGGGCCCUGCGACAUGUGGCCUACGACUUGAAUCAUCUGAUGGGCAAGGAUUGGCUUUCAGCUAAGGACUCCUUGGAUGAGUUGGGCAGCCGCAUCUCCGUCAUCCUUCAGGGCACCCCUCCCCGGUCCUUAGUGUGCAACCGAGUGCGCCAACCGAUCCUGGUGUGGACCGAUGGCUCUUGGGAAAAGGGACAUGCGGGUAUAGGUGCCGUUGAAUGGGAUCCCAUUACCUCGAAGGGUGCGGUUUGGGCGGGCCACGUCCCAACUAGCAUCACUGCUUUGUGGUUGAGAACUGAAGAUCACACUCAGGAGCAGAUAAUAUCGCAGGUCGAGUUGUAUGCAAUGGCACUCAUCAGACAUCUACGGAAAGAAGCAUGGAUGCACCGAAGGGUCAUCGUCUUCUGUGAUAACGAGGCGGCACGCUUCGCAGCCAUAAAGGGUGGCAGCAGCAGCCACAGCAUGAAUCGGCUGGUGCAGGCAUGGGAUCACCCAAAUUUUGAUCACCCAGCUUACUUGUGGAUCGAGCGUGUGCCCUCUUUCUCGAAUAUUGCUGAUGGUCCCUCAAGGGGCGUGCCCGAAGAGGCCUUACGCCUUACACGUACCAGCUCUUGCAGAACUUUUGAGACAGAGGCCGAGCUCGAAACUCUCUUGUUCAGCAGGCGCAGAAAGGAGAUGGGGUGA